AUGAGUCAGCUCUUAGCGAGCCCUCAACAGGAGACGUAUAGCCGUCAGUUCUCUGAGCAUUCGGCGCCUAGCCGCCAACUUUCUGAGAAUGGAUCUCUCUCCGAGAAUCAGUCGGCCAGCCGAGAGGCGUGCGAGCAGGAGUUGGUGCGGCGGCGUGGGUUGGAGGCGAUGGUGGCACAGGUGGUGGGUUCGGAUGGGCACAGCUGGCUCAAAUACGGCCAGAAGCAAGUCAAGGGCUCCACCGCCACCAGGUGCGCUCGCGUCAAAUCCAACCCACGAUGCCCGGCCAAGAAGACCGUUGACAUCACCUGCAGCAACCGCAACGAGCCUCCCUCCCCCGACGCCUUCCAAGUCACCUACCGUUGCACGCUCCACAACCACCCCUUGCCUCCCCGCCAACCUUUGCUCCCCAUCCGCCGUCCCCCCACGCGCCACAUCUUCCCCCGUAACCACCCCACCAAGUGCUUCAACAAGCGUCCUGCCUACCGCUCUAGCGAUCACCCCAAUCACCCUAACAAGAGGGUUGCUUUCAGCCCUGCAGACCUUCCCACCGGCCAUGCUACUGACGAGCAUUUCAACCUCGCGGAUUCACACGCUGGGGAUGGAGAUACUCCGUUUAACGCCGAUCGACCUGCUGAAUUCAGUGGCGGUCUGAACGCCUUGGCGAGUGAGAGCGAUUUUGGUGCAGCUGUGAAUGCCCCAGCUGUUGAUUCUGGUGGGGCUCUGAGCAUCGUGGCGCGGGCGUUGCAGAAUGGGAGCGUGGAAGUCAGUCCUGCUCAUGCUGCUUGCGCCGCCGACGCUGCUGCUGCUGAUGCUGCUGUUGAAUUUGAAGAUUGGGCUGUCGAAGCCCUCUUGCACUCUCCCUGUCAGCAGGAGCGGCUGAUUGAGUCCACUUCCCUGCGUGUGUGGGACCUCCCCCCACUCUCUCCCCUGCCGACCCUCCUCCGGUCAUCCCCUCCGUGGCUGGAUGAGGUUAUUCCCGUUAGUGCCUGCUCCACUGACCUCAGUGCUGCUGCUGUUGACCAAGCGAGGUCUACAGUGUCUCUGGAAUGGCUGCUUGUGGCUCUCGGGUGUCAGACGCUGGAAGAAGAUCACAGCCGUCGAUUCACCGAUCAGGACUCGGAAUAUCCGACGGACGAGAUUGACUCUCUGCUGGGAGCAACAUCGCCUACGAAGCAAGGCCUCCAAGAGCUGUCGUCACUGCGCUGCAGUGCUACCAACCACCCGGGCCAAGCGGGGCUCCUACAGGAAUAUCUUGGCGGGAGAGGUAUUGAGGAGGAGCAGACCGCACCCGGCGUGGGGCGCAAUGGGAAGAACUCCUUCCCCGAUUUUCGUUGUCAAGGGGAGGAAGGGUCAGUGCACGGCCCGACAGGGGCAACACCGGGAGCACUGCUGGGGUGUGUGUUGCCGCACGCUGCUGCACUGGGUGCUGCUGUAUCUGACGCUCCUGGCUCCCAGCCCCACCAAGAUGUGCCAGUGCCACCUUUAACAGCCACCGCUCCUCACACGCUCGUGAGAGGGCAGAACCGGCCGUCCUAUGCCAUGAAUGUGCCACUGUCUGGGAUGCCAUUUGAUUCGACGCGCAAGUCACCAAGUGGCGAGUGGCACUUCCCACCUCUGCGUGCUGAAGCGACUGAGGGAGUGGAGGAGGUAGGACUGGUGCAGCAGCAAUGCCAGCAGCAGCAGCAGCAGCAGCAUUGGCAGCAGCAGCAGGAUCCUCCUGGCAUGGGAACGUUCGGCUCUCGAAAUUCACGUGUGCUUUCAAUGCGCAAUGCUCCUCCACCUCAGCUUGCAGCAUUCCCAACCGCACUCAAGCACGGAAUGUCCCGCCCUCAGAAACCCCUUGUGCCUUCAAUGCACCAAGUUCCUCCUGUUCGCCUUGCAGCGUUCCUGGCCGCAGGCGAGCGCGAAGUGUCAGGGCCAUUGGCCACUGGCUCGGCUCAGCAGAAGAUUAUGCGUGGGGGUGUGGUCCCUGCAGCAGCAGUGUUUGCGUUCCUGGGAGGGAGCAACAGCACCCGGGUUUCAGACUUUGCAGCUGCUGACGUGCGGAAAUUGAUGCAGCUGUGGGUAGAAGGUGCAGCGUAG